AUGUUUCAUGUUAUACCGUCGAGAACGAUUGCAGAAGCGACACAACGUGAUUGGAUUCACUUGUGGCAAGCAAUUGUUAAAUUUCGCUGGCCAGAUUGUUUGGAUGUUGACGAAAAGAUCCGGUAUGUCAAGUGGAGACUCGAUAUCAAGGAGGAUGAAAAAUUUACGAUUGCAGAUCGAAUAUUUGAGCGAAUAAGAGUGUGCUUUCAAAUUCCAGUGCGACUUUUUGCGGGGAAGAUAAUUAAUGACAAUGUUAAUAACAAACGCUGUUAUUAUGCUACACAACCGAUAAAAAACAAAAAAUAUCUUAAUUUGCUGGUGGCGAGUUAUCCUCCGGAUGUUUUUGCGCGUGAAUUUAAGAAAUUUGCAAAUGUUGAUUAUGAUGAGCUUGUCAGAAAUCCUUCGAAAAAUCGCAUUAUUGCAGCAGAUUACGAAUAUGAACGCUGGCGUACAAGUGCUGAUCAAGGUUUUCGCGCUCACGGUGACAUAACAAGUGACGACGAAGAGGAAGAGAACCCUUUUGAAGAGUUUCACUCUUUUGCUCAGAAUCCGUUUGUCAACGCUGAAGCCUCGGAAGAUGAUCACUCUGGUUAUAAUUCUGACGAAAGUUAUGAAAACAACAGUAGCGAAAGCGAAGAAGAAGAAGAAGAGCUUUUUACUGAAAAUUAUCGCCCGAUUCGUAAUUUGACUUGUCAAGUGCCAAAUGUUUUCGACGAUGACACACUUGUUCGAAUUUUAAAGGAUCGAGAAGUAAAAGAAUUGCCAGUUUGCCCGACAAAAAAUUGUCUCUACACUCAUGAAAGACCAUCUUGCAUGCAAAAACAUGUGAAAACAUGUACCAACGAAACAAAAGUACGCAUUCGUCAGAGUGUCCAAGAUGGCUCUAUAAUUGAUUUCGUUGGUGAGCUUGUUGCUGAAGGAUAUUUGCCGUCGUUGGAUUUUACGCAAGAUUUCUACGUGGCAUACGACAUUGAAUGUUUAAUGUCGCGAGAUAUGCUCACUUUGGGACAUGAAGAUUCGCGUAAAUUUCACAAUUUGGUGUCACUCGUCAGCCUGACAAAUGACGGCGAGCGAAAGUACUUUACUCGGAAAGAUAUGCGCUAUGAAUCUGUUUUGGUGAUGUUAACCGAAUUCGUCAAUUAUUUGAUAGAUUUGCGCGAGAAUAUGGAAUCUUUCCUGCCACCUUCAAUCAUCAAAGGGAUCGAAUAUUACAAAGAUGAACUUGGAGUGAAAGAGCGCCGAUUGAAACACACCUUUGACGAAAUUGGAGUGAUGAGAAAAAAACUUCAAUAUCUAAAGGAUUUUACAAAACUUCGUAUUUACGCCUGGAACGGUGAAAAAUAUGAUUUGAACGUUAUCUAUCCGAUGCUUGCCUCGGUGCUGUACGAAUUUGUCGGUCAAAAGAGUAAAGACAUUUAUCCGAUAAAGCGCGGCGGUGGAUAUAUGAUGCUUGAUGCGGCAGGUUUGAGCUUUCGCGAUUUCAUGAACUUGUCGGGACCGAUGAAACUUGAAAAAUUGGCAAAUUCGUGUGGCCUCGAUUCGAAAGAGUACUCUAAAGGAUGCUUUCCGUAUGAAUGGUAUACAAAGGUUGAGCAUCUUUACGCUGCAAAAAAUUUUCCCGCUUAUCCGUGCUUUUAUUCGACGCUAGAAUCUGGCGCCGCUUCAAAGGCUGAAACAUAUGCCACAAAGAUGAACGAAAUUAUAGUCGAGCGCUGUGCUGAAAUUAUGCCCGAACGACGAUGGAAUCGUGACGAAGGAUUAAUUAUUCAACUUGUUCAGUAUUUGGGCUUGGAUUCGCUUGUAACAGAUCCAGUUUUAAUUGAGUGGUGUGAAACGAAUGGCGACUGUACACCAAAAGAUAUUUUCAAAAAACAUCUUUCAAUGCUGAAAAGAAAGUUUCUGUAUCAUGCAGAGAAGCGAUGCCAUCAAUGCGAUCCGAAAGAUGCUGAAAUUCGCGAGUUUUUUCGCUUUGAUCCUGUCAAAUAUGAAGAAAGCAACCUGCUGUGGGAUGAGAUGGAGGUGGCGGAGAAUCACUACUGUGGCGCUCAAAGUAACAUGAAUAUGAUGCUGUAUUUGAUCAAUUACAACUACAACGAUGUAAAAUUACUGGUUGGCUCGAUUGAUCGAUAUGCAGCAAAUUACAAGCGUAAAUUCGGCCUUGGUGUUCAUGCGGAUAUUUCAAUUGCCAAAAUGGCUCAGAAAAUUGCGUUUAUUCGUUACGAUAAGAAAUGCCCGCCACUGUACUCGCCACCAGCAAAAGCUGAUUUCUAUUACAACGAUUGUCGACAAAAGUUACUUGGAGGCAUUUGUCAAGUUUUACACCGCGCGAUUUAUCUGAAUCACAAGCAUGAUGAUCCACGAAUUCCAAAUGCUGCAAAAUUUGCGCCAAACGGUGAACGCUACAAGACUGUAGUUUCACUUGAUUUUAACUCGCUUUAUCCGUGGGCUGUUCGACGAGAGUUACCCCUUGGUCCAGGAAUUUUAUAUAAAAUGGCGGACAAAUGGGAUGGACGAUGUCGAAGUGAUGCAUACAAAUUUUACAAUCAAGGACUCUUUUGUCAGAAGCAAAACAGCUCACUCGAGUCGAUUCGCUGGCUCGAGUACUUGAAUUGGAGCGAGUACGACGGACGUAUAGAACACAGCUACAAUUUGCGUGAAAAAAAAAUCGCGGGUCAUUUUGUUGACGGAUAUGCAGAAUUGCCUGAUACCUUUGUUGCACCAUCAAUUCCGAAAAAGGUUAUUUUCGAAUUUCGUGGCUGCACCUAUCAUACCUGCCCGGUCAAGGAGUGCAAAGUAAAACCCUGGCUUGGCGUGAAAAAGACGAUGAAAGACGACGAAGGUAAAAACAUUAUUGUGGAGAUAAGCGCAGAUGAAUUGCGCAAAGAAGACGAUGCUAGAAUUCACAAAAUUGUGGACCACCUGCGCGCCGAAUACAACGACGAUUUAAAAAUGCCACAACGUUGGGGCGAGCGACCUGGAGAAAUUUUGGACGAAUAUGGACCGUUGAAUUUCCGCCAUCGGAUCGAGAUCAUUUACUCUUGUCAAUGGAAGAAACUCUGGUCGCGACUCGAGCUAUUGAACACACCACCCAUUUCAAAAUCUUAUCCGCUGAUUUUCAAAGGGGCUGAACAAAAACACUCUGGUUGUAAAAUGUUUGAAGCAGGCGUCACGGAAGAAGACUUUUUAAAAACUUUGAGGGAAACGUAUCAAUCUGACGAGAAUCCCAAAGACAUACUAAAAUCACGAUCGAAGUUUUUCGGAAUUGCGCUUGUUGAUUUGGAAUCGCCGCCUCAAGUCAUUGUUGAAAAUCCUCACGUGCCGCCAAUAUUUGCAAAAAUGAAACUCGAAUCUGACAUGCUGCACGGAUAUAUGAAACGUGUACUGCCAAGCAAAAUGGUGGAACAACUUUAUCCCUCGGAGGAGAACAUUUUUUGCUACAACACGAAGCGCUAUUUGGCAACAAGUGAGAUGCUUGCCUACUUGGAUCGCAAGGGUCUCAAAAUACGAGUUCAUUAUUUCAUUGAAUAUUAUCGAGGUUCGCCUUUUGAGAAUUUUGUUGCCACAAUGGUAAAAGAUCGAGUUGCUGCAAAAGUGGCAAAUAAUGAUACAAUGCAACUCGUCAUCAAACUGAUUCUAAAUGCAAUGGUGGGACGUUUUGCUUUGGCUGUUUCGCGCUUUAUGGCGACGAAAAUCGUCGGCGCCGACAAGAUGUACGAUGCGAUACGAUCGCCCUUGCUUCAUUCAACAAAACCCCUCCGAGUUGAAGAUAUUGCGUUGGAUCCUUUGCACGAGAUUGUAAGCAAAAAGAAACGAGUCACCGAAGACUUGGCGAUUCAUGUGCAAAUUUUUGUCUACCAGGAAUGA